AGAACCAAGAAUAUAAAGUAACUGCGUAUACACUACACUAUAUAAUGAAUACCAUAUAGUAAACUGUAGGCAUAAUGUUAACAGAGUUUCUGUCUCUGAUAUGCAGAUUUACAUAUAAUCCAUCCUGCUAGUCAACAAUUUCUGUAUUGGUCAUUAAAUUUGGAUCAAUGUAAGUUAAUGAUAUUUUGAGUUCUCUGUUUAUGUGAUCCAUGAGCCAGACUUACCUUUAGCCCAGAGUCCUUGAUUCUCACAGUAGGACACCUACGCGGUCACGUGUAAGAUGAAUUCAGCAUUAUCAAUAUAAAUAUUACUCACUCAUUGAUGGGCAAUGGAUAAUGUUGCUCACGCACUGGACAUUUGUUCACUCUUUCUCCCAUAUGUAAUAUUUUCUCAGUAUCGAAUGUAAAAGAGGCAGCAAUUCCUCUCAUCCAUGAUAUCACAAGCUUUGAAUACUCUGUAUUCCUCGAAAUGAUACUUUAAGGAUUAAGUAAGCAAAUAGGCAUGUAUGCCUGAGUGAUAUUGUCAGAGUAUGGGGGAAGGCCAGUUAAACAAUAUAUAUAUUUUUUAUCAUCUGUGUUGCGCGUGGCAGCUCGGGGAGAGUUGGUUUGAGUCGGGGAACUGCAGCAGGCGCUGCACGUGCUUGGGUGUGGGAGACGUCCACUGCGAGGACUGGGAGUGCGAGGAGCACGAGGUCUGCAGCGUGGAGGACGGCAUCCUCGACUGCUACGCACGAGAAACAACAACUACCGCUCCUCCUCUGGUCUCAACAACAACUUCAAAACCACCAACAGCCCCGCCACUGAAACCUGGUGACUGCGUGAUCUCUGGAGACCCUCACUACAUCACGUUCGACAAGACGACGCACCACUUCAUGGGCGAGUGCACCUACACGGUAGCCACCCCGUGCAACCAGAGCUCCACCCUGCUGCCCCACUUCAACGUGGAGACAACAAAUGAGUUCCGGGACGGCAGCACGGCCGUGUCUUACGUCAAGGAGGUCCACGUGGAGGUCUACGGCCACAGGUUCACCUUGGCCAAAGGACGCCGGGUGCUGGUGAGGGUUUCACGUCAUCCUUUAAUUGUUAUUUGCACAGAGCCGGUGCGUGCCAUUCAGGAACCAUCGCCACAAAGCACAACACUCUCACACACUGCUCUCUCAAUAACUAUAAUGUUCCUGAUGAUUGCUUCAUUGCAUUGUCCUAGAGAGCCUUCUAUUUUCAAAACAUUUACUUUGAAUUUAACAAUAUCCACGGUGUUGCCUGAUGCUUAUAAGAGGCUUCCUUAUCUGGGACUUAGGAAUUGACUUCAUAAAGAAUGACCAAAUAUAUGUGAACAUUCAAGCCAUGUUUAUUCUAUGAAUCUUUGGUGGAAGAAUGUCGAUGUUUACAAAGAAUAGUGGAGGAAAUUUACAUAAUGAAUAAAAACAAUCCUUUCUGUACUAUAAUCUACCAUGCAUUACUGAUCCUACCAUGAUGAUUCUACAUAAAAUGCUGUGUUUUGUUUACAGGUGGAUGGGCUGCGUGUGACUCCUCCGGUCUUCAUGUCAGGGGUGUACAUCCAACUGAGUGGAUCCUACGUUGUGCUCGAGACCGAUUUCAAUCUGGUUGUUCGGUUUGAUGGGAACCACCAUGUGGAGAUAGUCGUGCCUGGAGAAUACGCGGGGCAACUGUGCGGCAUCUGCGGGAACUUUAAUGGAGAUGGCUCAGAUGACAAUCUGAAGCCUGAUGGGUCAGCAGCGGCCUCAUCAAACGAGCUGGGAAACAGCUGGAGAGUGUUCAACAGUUCUGAUGAUGAUUGUCAAGAUGGUACCGGGGAAAUACCUCCAUGUGAUGAGAAUGACAAGGACGUGUAUGAAUCAGAUUCAUUCUGUGGAAUAAUCAUUGACGAUGAGGGAGCUUUCAAAGAGUGCCACGCGGUGCUGCCUCCACAAGUCUUCUUCGACAACUGCGUGUUCGACCUGUGUGCCACGGACGGGGACCACGGCUCGCUGUGCCAGGCCCUGCAGGCCUACGCUGACCAGUGCGCCCAAGCUGGGGUCAUCGUCACGUGGAGGAACAACACCUUCUGCCCAUUCCCUUGUGAACCGGGCAGCCACUAUGAGAGCUGUGCCCCACCGUGCCCGGCCACCUGCAGCAACGCAAGUCUCCCGGGUGGCUGCAACCAGCAAUGUGCAGAGGGCUGUGUCUGUGACGACGGCUUUGUCCUCUCUGGGGACAAGUGUGUCCCCGUGGAGCUGUGCGGCUGCCUGGACUUUGAUAACCAGUACCACCCGGUGAGUUACAUACUCCAAGCACAUUCCCGGGCAAAGUGCGAGUAUCUUUCAAACAUGUUUAAGAUGCAUAACAUCGACGUCCUCACUCUCCGAGAAACCCACCUUUCUAAUAACAAACAGGCCAGACACUACCGUAGCCGUGGAUACAAUAUCACGACUAGCCACUACCACUCAGUAUGACGUGGCCACAUGUGAAGCACACCCUUUUUCAAUACUUAUGCACAAUUCCUUUUAUGUCGCCGGCAAUAUAUGUUCAAGCACUGUAUAUAUGUUUUUCAAUUUUUU